AUGAAAUCCUUUGCGCUGCUGUCUGCUCUCUGUGGCGUGGGAUCUGCACACUUUCUUCUCAACUACCCAAAGUCAAUUGGGUUUGAUGAUGCAAGUGAAGACAAAGGACCAUGUGGCGGGUUCACACCGGAUUUCUCCAAGAACGUAGUCGAUUUUCAUGUGGGCGGUGAUGCCAUCUCCACGAAGCUUACCCAUCCCCAAGGCAACUGGCUUUUCCGCGUCACCACCGAUGAAAAGGCCGAAUCUGGCUGGGAACAGAUCUUCCCCAUUGUUCAACAGAGCGGGCUAGGAGAUUUCUGUCAACCUCAAGUCACCGUCCCAAGCUCCUUGGUCGGCAAGAAGGGCGUUUUGAGUGUUGUCUCGUCUGCAACUGACGGACUUUUAUUUCAGUGUGCUGUUGUCAACUUCGUCGAGGGCAAGGGAACCAAACCUUCUGCUUGCGUUAACGCGACAAGCGUCAAAGCCUCCUUCGUCGACGAUGAUAAGCUGACCGCCCUCGUUGGCAACAGCUCAACACCCUCGCCUACCGGGACCUCUGGGUCUGGUUCACAAACGUCUGCGACUUCGAAGUCCACACACACUGGCGCAGCAUCAUCCCUCCAUGCUUGGUCGACCAGCAGCGCCGGAUGGAGCAGCGCGUUGACUGUGUUGUGCAUGGCCGCACUCGGUGGAGCUCUUAUGAUCUGA